AUGUCCUGUCGUCUAUCGACCAAUGAGAGCCUCUCACCGAACGUGUUCGAUUCGAUCGCAUGUGCGAAUUGUUUCUAUUUUAUUUAUAUGGUUGUUUCUCCGUACGUGAUGAAAUAUCAUACAAAUCGAUGUCCGGCCGGUCUAUUGAUCUGUACGGAUUCACAAAUUCGCGAUAAAGAAUGCCAUUGUGAGAAUCCUCGUGUUGUCUAUAAUCUAGCGGAUUUUACCGUGAACAGAUCCCAGAUUACUCCGCUAGAACAACUACGUCUUGAUCCACCAUUAUACGAUCGAUUCGCACAACUUACAAGGCAAUGCUGUGUUGCAGCACGUGAUUGUUGCCGAAUAACUCUACUCUCCAGCAGUAAUUCACCGAAAAAAGGAUGUCCCGCCACAUGGGAUGGUUGGCAGUGUUUCGAGAACGCGGCCGUUGGUAGCGUCAUUGAGGGUGGUUGUCCACCGUAUAUUUAUGGAGAUGGGGCUAGGCCAGACGCGUCACAACAUUCUCGUAAAAUGUGCAGCGAUACCGGUUGGGUAAGUCGUCCGGGCACCGGAUCCGAAUGGACGGACUAUUCGGGUUGUAGUAUGGAUCAACAGGAAGCUCAAGCAAAGCUAUUGGCUGGUAUUGUUGCUUUCUCAAUAAGUGUCAUCUGUCUGAUUCCUGCAAUAUUUAUAUUAUGGUUCUUCCGACCGAUUCGACAUCAACCAAUGUUUAUUGUACAUCGUCAUUUGCUCAUUUCAUUCGUACUCUCGGGUCUACUGUAUCUUUUCAAUUGUUUCUUUUUUAUUGUUGAUGGUGCACCUGGUAUUGGACUGAUAUUCGCUAAUCAUAUCUCAUGCCGUUUGCUAUUUCUCGUACAGCUUCGUUUUCUUCGACUCGCCACAUUUAGCUGGAUGUUAGCUGAAGGGGUCUAUCUUUUUCGUUUAUUACAAAGCGAUAGCGCUGAAGGUGAAGAUCUGAUCGUCUAUAAAGUGCUAUGUUGGGGAGUUCCAGCCGCGAUUGCCAUUGUAUACGGUAUUCUUCGUGAGAGUCUCGAUAGCAAAGGUUGUUGGGUAUCCCCGUCGGCGAAUGGCUACAUCGAGUCCAGUGUUACUAUACCAUGUAUUUUAGCGCUUUCAGUGAAUGUUGUGCUUAUGUCGAGAAUACUGUACAUUUUGGUGAAAAAACUUCGGCAUGAUCCACAUUUGGAACGUAUGCAGUACAAGAAAGCAGUAAGAGCUGCAGUGAUUCUAAUCCCUGUGUUCGGUCUCCAAUUCCUGUUCACAAUUUAUCGCCUUGAGGAUAUUACUCAUCAAGUGAUCAAUUUAGUUAUGGAUGGUUUACAGGGAUGUGUUGUAUCGAUCAUAUUCUGCUAUACGAAUAAAUCCGUUUGCGAUUGUGCACGAAAAUGGUGGAAAGGUGUACGGGAUUCACGUUCGAUUGAAGCCGAUGUUCGAACUCGAAUGAGUAUACAAGGCGACGCUACGGUAACACUACUCAGAAAACGCUAA